AUGUUGGAUCUAUUUAGCAUAUUUAGUAAAGGAGGGAUCGUCCUGUGGUGUUUUCAGAGUACCAGCGAUAUAUUUUCGCCGUCUGUUAACGCUCUUAUACGAAAUGUAAUCUUACAGGAACGAACGGGAAAUAAUACGUUUAGCCAUAACGCUUUAAGCCUCCAAUACAAACUCGACAAUGAGUUUGAAUUAGUUUUCGUGGUAGCAUAUCAACGUAUACUACAAUUGUCUUACGUUGACAAAUUUCUAAAUGAUAUACAUUUGGAGUUUAGGGAUAAAUACAAGAAUGAAUUGCAAGGUGGCCAACAUAACAUGGAUUUUGAUUUCAAAACUACGUUUGAGAGUGUUCUCAAACAGUGUGAACAAUGGGCAAAAACACAGGCUCAGAUUCCAAAGCAGAUGAGAUCAUUUGAAGACUCGCAGAAGUCUAAAAAGACUGUCGCCUCUAUGAUUGAAAGGAAAGGAGAUGAAAAAAAUAAAAAAUCUGUGAAAAUAAUAGAAAAUAAGAGCAUUCCUAAUGGCAAGGUAGACGAACCAGAAGUCGACAAUGACUUGAUAGCUGCCAACAGAGCUAAACUGGCACAGAAAAUGGCGGCCAAGAACAAAAAAGAAGCCAAAAAAUCCCCAAAAAGCCCAAAAGCAACGGAUCGUGUGAAAAAGCCUCGUGUUUGGGAACUGGGAGGUGAUUCACGUGAUUUACCAUCGUUGGAUUUCAGUACUGAUAAAGAAGGUUGUGAAGAAAUAGCUCCCGACACACAGUUGGUGGGUCAAAUGAAAGGUGCUAUUCGUGAUUUGGAAGUUGAAGAAUCUGAUGCAAGCAGUUCUGAAGAAGAAGAAACACAACAACCCAGCCCUAAAAAGACGGGGGGAAUGUUUAGCAUAUUCAAAGGUUUGGUUGGCUCUAAAGCUCUCACCGAGGAUUCAAUGCGGCCCGUGUUGGACAAAUUAAGAGAUCACCUCAUAGCAAAGAAUGUAGCCGCUGAUAUUGCUAACAAGUUAUGUGAUUCGGUUGCUGUUAAAUUAGAAGGAAAGGUUUUGGGGACAUUUGAGAGCGUGGCGACAACUAUUAAGGCGACUUUAACAGAGGCGUUAGUACAGAUCCUGUCUCCAAAGCGUCGUGUGGACAUACUACGGGACUGCCUUCACGCUAAACAACAAGGAAGACCAUACGUUAUGGCUUUUUGUGGGGUGAACGGUGUUGGUAAAUCAACGAAUCUUGCGAAGAUAUGUUUCUGGUUGAUAGAAAAUCGUCUGUCUGUUCUGAUAGCGGCUUGUGAUACGUUCAGAGCCGGCGCUGUGGAACAGCUAAGGACUCAUGUUAGAAGACUAGACGCCAUGCACCCGGGCUCCGUCAGUCUAUAUGAAAAAGGAUACGGAAAAGACGCAGCGGGUAUCGCAAUGGAAGCUAUCAAGUACGCAGCGGAUACCAAAUAUGAUGUGGUUCUCAUAGAUACAGCAGGUCGGAUGCAGGACAACGAACCACUAAUGAGAGCUCUGGCCAAACUUAUUAAGGUCAAUGAACCCGACCUAGUACUAUUUGUAGGAGAGGCUUUAGUAGGCAACGAAGCAGUAGAUCAGCUGGUUAAAUUCAAUCAAGCAUUGGCCGACCACAGUUCUUCAAGCAAUCCUCAUGUCAUCGAUGGGAUUGUUCUCACUAAAUUUGAUACAAUUGAUGAUAAAGUCGGUGCAGCCAUUUCUAUGACUUAUAUUACCGGCCAGCCUAUAGUUUUUGUUGGCACUGGACAGACAUACACAGAUUUGAAAGCUCUUAAUGCUACCGCAGUUGUUCAUGCUCUUAUGAAAUAA